AUGGCCCUUUUCGAUACACGCAAGGGGGAGCGGCACCUUGGCUUGGCGGGGUGCGCUGACCCGGACUCGUCUUCGGCGUCUAGAGUUGAGUCGGCACACACAGAGGCGGACGGGGAGGACGCUGUCGAGGAGGCGUACUCUGCCGAGACAAGCGAGCUCCCACUGGGCUGGAGCCUUGGGGGAACACUCGAUACCGGGAGAGAAUCUGCGGGCAGGCGGCCAGAGUCGGAAGAGGGCGAAUCAGAGGAGUUUCGCUCCUCUUGCGUCGAGGGCUGGGACGAAAUCUUUCUCUUCUUUGAGGAAGCCGUCUUGAAGGUGAGCUGCGGAGGGCAGCUCAAGGCGAUCUGGGAGACGGGCGUCGACAACGAAGAAAAUCGUCUUGGUAGGUCUGCAGACCAAGAGAGAACUAUUGUUGCAUCAGUCCAGUCGGAAUCUAGCGUUCCGGGCACUCAGAUUGGAGGAUCUGAAUAG